UUCUAUUUUUUUUUCUCUUUAACUUAUUUUAGGGGAUGUAAUUCAAUUCACCCUCCACCCCAGCUAGCAUGAGUUUAUGCAAUUACAAAUUUAUGAAACCUAUUUGUUCAUGUUAUUACUCAAACUCAAAUCACAUGAUACAUGACACACAACACAAUUUUCUCAAUGCUCAAGUAAUCAUCAUUGAACUUCUUUAACUGCAAUUUCUUACACACACUCACAUCUAUAAAUUUCACAAACCAAAUUCAUCAACAUUAGUACACCCCCUCAAGUUAAUUUUUUUUUCCCAAAAAUGUCACCACCAAUCAAGUUCUUGUUUCUCUCAUUGCUUUUGACAUCCACCAUUGUUCAUGAAGUGAAUUCCCAACUCCCACCACCCCAGCCUAACCAAACAACCUUAGUGCUGUACCUGCAAGAUGUGGCAACAGGGCCUAAUGCAACAGUGACCCCAGUGAUUGGCAUUAGGGGAAAAGAAUGGUCCUACAACUCAUUUGGAACCAUAUUUGUAGUUGAUGACCCUGUCACCAUUAGUUCUAGUCCCCUCUCUACUUCAGUUGGCAGAGCACAAGGCACGCUCACGGUUGCUUCACUGGAUGGUGCAAAUGUGAAUGUGAUGCUGUCAAUUGUGUUCACCAAUUUGCAGUACAGUGGUAGCAGUAUUGAGAUUCAAGGUGUUAGCCGCCAGCGUGAGAAUUACAGAGAGCUCUCUGUUGUUUCUGGGACAGGGAAGUUUCGCUAUGCAAGGGGAUUUGCUGUGUUAGAGACUCUGUCUUAUGAUGCUUCUACUGCUCGCUCUAUCAUUCGCUUGACUAUAACAUAUGCACAAUCUUAAGGAAAUUAAAAACCAUAUCAUAUAUACAUGGUUAUUAAUGGUUGUUUAUGAGUAAUGUUGAUUAUUAUCAUAUCAAUUAAUCCAUAUAUGUUAAUGAAUGAAAUAGAGCCUUAUUCGCUUCUCA